UUAAGUUCCGUGACAGUCUCCGCCUCCCACCGUCAUCACCAGAAUGGAUCGCACGACAAAUUCUGUGAUUGUUGACAUUUCUCAAAUGUCAAUGUAACUUCAAUGGUUGACGUUGUUGUUUUCUGUUUUGGGUAACUUUUUCAUUGACACCUCGAUUCAUUAUCACUACUAUAUACUCAUGUCGAAUACUAUGAGUUCGUCGAUAUCCAUAAGCAAUGCUGUACCACCGGUCACUGCCACUGGUAUGGAGACGGUGGUUGCAAUUGCGCUGGGUGCACUAGCUGCAGUCUUUCUUGGCGCACUCCUGGUACUGUUGGUUAUUUGUCGCAGGCAACGUUGCUACUAUAAUCAAAAGGACUCUGCAGAGUUAAGUUCCGAUCUGCUUGAAGGAGAGAACAUCACUGGUUUAGGUUUGGAUGUAUGGGAGAACGAAGAGUGGCUGGCAGGUGCUGAAAGAUGGGUAGAUGAUGCUACUGGCUUGGCUCCACCUUGCAUAGCAGUGCUUCGAUCUUGUCAUGCUCUUGCAGCCAGUCUCACUACUAUUGCUGGAACUGUUAAUAGCAACACUGUCCCAUUGGAAAUAGUAGAUGUAUGUGCAAGCAUUGUGUGUUAUUUUUCUAUGUCAUUUUUACCCAAAUUAUUGCAAUUUAUUCUUGGUCAGGUUGCCCGACGUAUACCGCCUCGCGUGGACGAUGUUGUUCGCAGUCUGUAUCCACCAUUAGAUGCCAGGUUAUUAGAGGCCAGAGUGGCAGCUCUGGUAUUGGCUGUGACUCACUUAGCGUUAGUAACCAAGCAUGGCGUGCCAAAGAGUCAAGCUAGGAAAUUGGCAUUCAUCGAUCAAGCCUUGAACGACAUGGACACACAUCUGUUAGUCUUGAGAAAUGCGGCAUUAGCUCAGGAAGUUGCCUGCUCCAUUCCAGCAUCCACGCCAGUUUGAACGUACAUCUUCUUCAUAGUCGGACCGAAUCUCUCUCUUUUAUAGUAUUUGUUAUUUCCAGUUUUCUAUCU